GUCUCUCUGUUUAGCCCCAGGCCCUCAUAAUCUGUUUGUCACGUCGAAUUGGACGAAUUCUUUCUUUUUGAAUGCUUGUUUUUUGUCUUUUCCACGCGCGCUGUCAUUCGUUCAUGUUCGAGAUACCCAUUUGACAAAUAGUGCUGGAUUAAUAUAUUGACAAUCGAUUGAAUAUUCAACAGUUGCUGCAAUUGACGCUUCAAUUGACGGUUGGUGGAAAGCACUGCGCUGUUAACCGCGGCUGCUCAGUUGCAAAACAAGCCAUUCAUUGCUUUAGGACCAAGAAAAUGUUACGAUUCAAUUCUGCUCUUCAGUCACUUGCGUUGCUUUCGGCUUUCUCAUGGAUGCUGACCGCAGUCACGGUGGUUGGCGCCGCUUCGUCAGAUACCACUCCAGACUUGACAGAGUUGAUGACCAAUAACAAAAACCUAACCAGCUUCAAUGCAUUGAUUCGCAAAUAUGGCGACAUUUAUGCCACGCUUUCCUUUGAACAAGACGUCACAAUCCUUGCGCCGAGCGACGAUGCAUUCAAUAAGCUCCCGUACUCGUCACUCAACGAAGUUUUCGAGAAGAACGACACCGAUACCAUUCGCGCACUGCUGCAUUACCAUGUGCUUAAUGGCACCCACACCGCAUCAUCUUUCAAUGGCUCGUUUCAGUUCAUUCCAACUCAUUUGUACAACUCUUCGUAUAGCAAUGUCACUGGCGGAGCAGCAGUUUCGAUUGUGAAGCAGGCCGGAGACGUAAUCGUCGCAGUGUCUGGCGAGGGUUCAAGAUCGACUCUAACCACAACGGACCUACAAUUCACUGGUGGCAUACUCCAUGUGAUCGACUCGUUUCUUGUCCUACCAGAGACCUUUGUCAACACGGCAUCUACUUUCAAUCUGACCUCUGCAAACGGAGCAAUGGCCAAAGCCAACUUGGAAAAAUAUCUUGACACCACGACGGAUAUCACCAUCUUCGCGCCAUGGAAUGAUGCUUUCCAGGAGAUCGGAACUGCUUUCCAGAACCUGACCGUCGAAGAACUCGCUAGCCUGAUGAGCUAUCAUAUUGUAAACGGAACUGUCGCAUAUACAUCACUCAUGCCCAAUGGAACGGAAUUGAAAUCCCUUCAAGGCACAAACCUUACUGUUAGAUUUGCGGCAAACUCCUGGUUUAUCAACAGUGCCAAGAUCAUCCAGUCAGAUUUGUUGCUCGCAAAUGGCGUUUUGCAUGUACUUGACAACAGUGUGCUGGAUUACCAUGGCCCUGGCGCCUUUCCAAACCCAGUCAUUCCGACCCAGCCGCCUCUUAUCCUCGGCAGCUCCGUGCCCUAUCUUCCCUUCAGUACCGAUGUCCCCAAAACAGCAAGCUCCUUCUCCAGUGCCAGCUCGACAGCGUCAGGUUCGGGUGCUUCCAAGAGCGGCUCAGCAGCCACGAGCACAGGCAAUGGCAUGGGAGCGGCUACUUCAACUUCAAGCAGUUUCCACUCCACAGAAACGGGAAAGAAGAAGAGCUCUGCUCCGAUGCCAAUGUCAGAUAAAUGCAUAUUAAGUACUGCUUUUAGUUUUGUUCUGACCGUGUUGAUGCUGUAAUGAAGGCCGUUGAAGCAUCUUUCAAUCUUUCUAUUUUCAUCAUUUUUCUUUUAUUGUAUUUUUUGUCGUCUUGUCUUUUGACCAAGUAGGAGUUGGCGGGAACAAGGGCCCCUUUUUGCUCUGUAACUGAAGCGAGGUGUUGCGGUAAUGAUACUGAGUGCUAUGGGAUAAAGGUAUAAUUCUCCG